CAGCCCCGCGGAGCCGGGUUGGGCAGCCCGGGAGGCGUCUCCUCUGCAGCCCCCGCCCCCCCGCGCCGGUGCUGAAGCGCCUCGGCCGCUCCCCGGCAGCACCCCCGGGACAGCAGCACCCGGGCCUCCCUCCCUGCCGCCCGGCCCGGGCUCUCCCGCCGCUGCUGCGCUGCAGAGGACACCUCAUGGAAAAUAAAUAAAUUAAUUCCCCCACUCACCCCCGCGGCCGGGAGAGGAGCCGGCGGCGGCGGCGGGAUUAGAUCCAGUCCGAGCUAGAGACCAGUCUAGUUGGAGAAGAGACAGAGACCAAAAAAUGCCACCUGCCACAGGAGCGCCAGAUUACCCACCUCCUGAUGGAGGCUGGGGAUGGGUUGUGGUCUUUGGGGCUUUUAUCUCCAUUGGAUUUUCCUAUGCCUUCCCCAAAGCCAUCACAGUGUUCUUCAAAGAAAUACAAGAGAUCUUCCACACAUCAUAUAGUGAGAUAGCUUGGAUAUCAUCGAUAAUGUUGGCUGUCAUGUAUGCAGGAGGUCCUAUAAGCAGCAUUUUGGUGAAUAAGUAUGGUAGCCGGCCUGUGAUGAUUGCAGGGGGUAUCCUGUGUUCUUUUGGAAUGAUUGCAUCCUCUUUCUGCAAUAGCGUCCUUGAACUGUAUAUAUGUAUUGGUGUGGUUGGAGGUCUGGGUUUAGCAUUCAACUUACAGCCUGCCUUGACCAUGAUUGGCAAGUAUUUCUAUAAGAAGCGUCCCAUCGCUAAUGGACUGGCAAUGGCUGGAAGUCCAGUGUUUCUGAGCACAUUGGCACCUCUCAAUCAAUUCCUCUUUAAUGCUUUUGGCUGGAAAGGAAGCUUUCUUAUUCUGGGAGGACUUCUUUUGAACUGCUGUGUGGCUGGGUCACUUAUGAGACCUGUUGGACCGAAAAAAGUCCCUCCUGUGAAAAAAGAUGUUGAAAAAGGCACAGGAGAUUCUGCCUUGCACAAAAACAACAAGAAGUCUUGUUGGCAAACUAUGAAUAAGUAUCUAGAUCUGUCCCUCUUCAAACACAGAGGUUUUCUGAUAUAUUUGUCCGGAAAUGUCAUUAUGUUUAUUGGUUUCUUUGCUCCAAUAGUAUUCUUGGCUCCUUAUGCCAAGCACAAGGGAAUUGAUGAAUAUUCUGCUGCUUUUUUGCUCUCUAUCUUAGCCUUUGUAGACAUGUUUGCUAGGCCUUCCAUGGGACUUGUAGCAAACUCCAGGUUUAUCCGGCCAAAGAUUCAGUAUUUUUUUAGUUUUGCUGUCUUGUACAAUGGUGUCUGUCAUAUCUUGUGCCCUCUGGCAAAAAAUUACACUGGCUUGGUGAUAUAUGCUGUAUUUUUUGGGUUUGCAUUUGGAAUGGUUAGCAGUGUUCUUUUUGAGACAUUGAUGGACCUUGUUGGAGCUGCCAGAUUUUCCAGUGCGGUGGGACUUGUCACCAUUGUGGAAUGUUGCCCUGUGCUCAUAGGCCCUCCUCUAGGAGGUUGGCUAGUAGAUGUCACUGGUGAAUACCAGUACAUGUAUUUUGUCUGCGGAGUGAUUGUGACUGUGGCCAGUAUCUGGUUGUUCAUUGGCAAUGCCAUCAACUACAGGCUUUUGGCAAAAGAAAAGAAGUUAGAAGAUGAGAAGCAGAAAGCACAGAAGAAUGCUGACCCAAAGGAAGCAGAACCCUUAACAAACAAUGAGAAUGAAGAUGCUUCCAGCAGAGCUGAUAAAGCUCUUGAAGAUCCGUCAGAAAGAGAAACCAAUAUUUAAUCUGAAAUAUAGCUCCGAAGGCAACAUUUAUGACUUCCAUUAGGAAUAUGUCUUCAAGACACAGGCCAGGUUUUGUGGUAAUAAUGAUCAGUCACAGUAUUGGAUGGGAAUAGAUUUUUGCCCUAUGGCAAGACUCUAAGCUAAAUUACUAUCUACAGUUUAUUUGUUUCAGCGAUACAAAAUUACUAUUACAGAGGUAGUGACUCAAUGCAAACAAAUCCAUUAAAUUUUGACUCUGGACAAUCAAGAGUCAGAUAAACCAGGCUAUAAAGCCUUCCAAUGACAAACAGUUUUGUUUCAGAAGUAUAUGUAAUGAAAAAGUAUCUCCUACUCUUAUUUGGGAAGAUACUUGCAUUCAUCUUUAUGAUGUGGUUAAAAUCUACUGAAAUAAUCUGCCCAAACUCUACUUACCACUAAUGUUAAAGAGAAUAUAAAGUCAAAGGUUUGUUUCAAAAGAUCCACAAUACCUGACUGAAGCACACUGAAACAUUCUUCUCUUUCAUCUCUUAGAUGAAAAAUAUGUCUGCAUAAGCAAUUAUGGAUAUAAAGGUUAAGUUUAGGAGACAAAUAAUUGGUGAACACAUCUCUAAAACACAAUAAAAAGUUGAUUUAUAAUAUACUCCAGAGUAGUUUCUUCCAGUGAUAGCUGAUUACAUAGUACUUCAACAUAUAUAUUUGAAUUCAAAGUACAUUCACACUUUGCUAAUUCAAACUACGCUAAACUCUGCCUGUACAUAAAAGGUUUAAACCCAAGAUUUACAUUUCUAACAAGAGUGGCAAUCAGUUUGUUUGACUUUGUAUUUCUGUGUAGCUGAAGGACCUGGAUCAGAAUGUGAAGCCAUUUUCCUAAAGGGACUAGAUUCAUAAUCUGCUGAUGUUAAAAGGAUACUAACCCUUGGCUUUUUUGGCCUUAAUGAGUUUCAUGACAAUGACUUCAAAGUAGAUGCUUGGCUUUAUUGACAAGUCGUUAGUUGUUUGAUGGUGUCCUGAGAGGAGAUUUGAGAUCUAACUUCAGAUCUUUGCAGACAGGUAGCUUCAUACCAGUUCCCCUUCCCUUUCCCAGGAAUUUAGUGAAAAGCUACUUCUUUUUAUUUUUGCAGUGCUGCUUUGAGCAAAAUGCUGCAAGGCACCUUGACAAUGCCAGUCUGGAAGCUUUGUAUUGACACAUCAGUUUUAUGCAGGAUGUUUAGUCUUGUGUCUACAAUUUCCUGCAGACUGUCAUAUAAAUUAAAAUGCACACAAUUGUUCCUCUUCCUUUAGACAAAAGAAAGCAUAAAUCUACACUUUUACUUUAUAGAAAUAUUGUAGUAUUUUGUUUGAAAGUUAAAAGUGCAAGCUUCUGAAGGUAAUAUGUGAAAUUAUUUCUGUUCUAUUUCUAGGUAAAGAAAGGUGCUAUUCAUUUUGGAGGGAUGCUUAUAAAUGCCUCAAAAAUUGUGAAAAUUAAGGGUCUGAUUCAUAAAACAUGUAUGCACUGUUUAUGCAGGAUACACCUACACUCAAUUCCAGGAAAAGAAAAUUACUCAUUUUAGUCCUCUUCUAAAUCUCAAAAAAUGGAAAUAUAUUGGACAGAAAGCUAACUGUGAUAAACACCCUUUGAAGUGCCAAUAACAAAAUCUAAAAAUCAAUGGUAAAAUCUGUAGCUAUAAGAGGGCUUUUAAGAAAGUUAUUUCUUAAUAUUAUUAUGUUCAAUAUUCUUUUAAUUUUUUUUCUAAAAAUGUUGAUAGUGCUUGCUUCUGUUUUGCUGGUUUAUCAGUUUGUAAAGUUCCACAGUACUGCUGAAUUUUUUAAUUUUCUCAUCACUCUUUUGGGGAGAAAUAUCAUUAAUCUACUCUCAGCAUGGUACAGAAUUUAAUACCUACUUUUUACCUAGCUAUAUUCAGGAAAACCAAACUUCUCCAACAAAUCCUAUAAAUUUUUAGGAGCAUCAGAAACAAAAUAUAUACAUUUCAGAGUUUUGAGAGAAAAUAUGAGUUGCACAUUCAGAUUUGAGCCAUGUACUGUGUAAAGAGGAAUGAUUCAGUCCCAGUAAAAUUACAGUUCUUCUGCCAACCCCCAGGUUCAGAGAGGAAAUAAAUGCAUUGCACCUUCCUCUGAACCUUAGCCUUACCAGCACUAAAAAAAGCUUUGCUCUCUUUUUGGCUGUACAAACGUACUGAGUGAAUACCAGGGUCUGUGACGGCCUUGUGUGCCCGUAGCCAGAGAGUGAUGAGCUUCAUAGACACUAAGCUUUCAUACAGUGAGGAUUAUCAGUUAUAUAUACUGGAUUGUGUAAGAUGAACUAAAAUUUCAGCUGAAGAGUAGUCAUCAGGAAUAUCACUGCUCUUGACAGCCACCGAUAGAAAGGCAGAGAUUAUUUGGAAAGAGAUUAAUAGAGGAGCUGAACCAAAAUGUCUGAGGUAAAAUUGUAGGUGCUUAUUAUCUCUUUGCAAAAAAGCAGCAUGAUUAGGAAUACAGGGUAGAAGACAAGAACUGUCAACUUUUGACUGAAAGCUGACUAAAAGAUGCUGUUGAGUAAAUAAAGGAUUCAGAAAGAUGAUGAUUAAAAAAAAAAAGUCUCUCAGGAAAUAUGCAGGCAACUUGCCUGUUCAGUGCA